UGAUAUUUUAAUUGUUAUCAGAAACUCAACUAUUCAACAGCAUACAAUCCUCAGAGACUUCCCAAAAGAACCAAUCCUUACCCUUAACACACACAGACACACACACAGAGCCAGAUAUUCCGGAAAAAGGUCGAUCUUUCUUGUUCAGAGGUUUUUGUUUUACUGUCUAAAAGCUGCAGCAAUAAAGGGAGCUUAUCUAUAACUUGCUUCUCGUGUACAAACUUAAAAAUCUUUUUUUGGUUAGCUUCACAGUUAUAUCAGAUUCUAUUCCCUUAUACGGCAGAAGGACCAGAUCACUUGAACAAUCUGUAUGUGCUCAACUAGGAAGCAACUUCUAGUGCUUAUAGUUUUGUUGGAGGCAUAAAGAUUUAUAGACUGGUUUUAUCUAAGAUUAUUGAGGAAGAGUGAUGGGUCAUAUAUGUGAAUUCUGUGGGGAGCAGCGGUCAAUUGUAUAUUGCCGGUCUGAUGCAGCUUGCUUGUGUUUGUCGUGUGAUCGCAAUGUGCAUUCUGCCAAUGCCCUUUCACAGCGACAUUCCAGGACACUCUUAUGCGAAAGAUGUAAUUCACAACCAGCUGUUGUUAGACGCGUCGAGGAGAAGAUAUCUCUUUGCAAGAACUGUGAUUCGAUUAGUCAUGCUACAGGUUCCAUGCAUAAGAGGCAAGCACUUAGUUGUUAUACAGGAUGUCCUUCCGCUGCAGAACUUUCUACUAUCUGGUCAUUUCUCUUAGAUGGUGAUUCGACUUGUCAGAAAGGAAUGGGUGCAAUGAGUAUCACCGAUAACCAACCUAGGGAUAACGAAGAUCCUCAAGGAAAGAACAACUCUCAAGACGUGUCUGCUGCAAUUGAAAUGAGUGAGUUGCAUACUUCAUCAGAGAAAUCAACCACUCUCAUUGAAUCCUCUUUACCUACUCCUGACAACAAGCAAAACAAGCUGGAGCUAUAUGCUGGGUCCAAGAAUUACUCUUCAUCAAAGGGUUGCUAUACUGGAAUGAAAGGCUCAAUGAUAUUUGAAGAUGAUCCUUUCGCUCAAGAUUUCAAUAUGGAUGAAGUGGACCUGAGUUUUGAAAAUUAUGAAGAGCUAUUCAGUGGCUCUCUCGAUAAUCCAAAUCAGCUUUUUGAGAAUGAGGACAUCAAUGGCUUAUUUGGGACGAAAGAUAUGUCAGUUUCUGGUUCCAGCUGCCAGGAUGCCGAUGCUAUCGAGGGGGCAUCGAUUCGAAGGGUAAUGACAAUGCAACCAGCAUGUAGCAAUGCCGAGUCCGCAGACUCACUGGUGAGCUGCAAAACAGAACCUUCCAUUUGCUUUGCGAGGCAAGCAUCCAUCCUCUCAUUUUCAAACCUCGGGGGAGAGAGCAAUGCCGGGGAUUACCAAGAAUGUGGAGCCUCCACAAUGCUUCUUAUGGGAGAACCACCGUGGUACCAUCCAUUUCCUGAAACUUCAUUGCCGUCAAGUAGCAGAAGCAAUGCUGUAUUGCGCUACAAGGAAAAGAAGAAGACACGCAAAUUUGACAAGCAUGUGAGAUAUGCUUCCCGCAAGGCAAGGGCUGAUGUCAGAAGGCGUGUGAAGGGACGGUUUGUCAAGGCUGGUGAUGCUUAUGAUUAUGACCCACUUGACGAGACCAGAAGCUUUUGAUUGCACUACUUAUUACCCAACACAUAAGGAAACUGAAGGAUCCAUAUUAAAUUGGGCAAAACUGGUUAAGUUAUCGUGCGAGGGGAUGAAAGGAGCCUUAUUUCCUUGUUUUGGUGACAUUGUAUGGUUGUCUGGGGAGAGGAUUUCAACGUUUCCUAUCAACGAAGCUGGACAUGGAAAGCCGAAUACUCUGCUGCUUCACCAAUUUAUCAGCCAGAGAAAGAGGAACGUGGUAACUUUUUGUUAACUAAGUGCGCUGGAGAGGCUGGGACUUGACGAUUUCUAGAGCACACGAUCAACUUCAUUCCAGAAAGGGGUCAAGAUUGUUGCUGUCUCGACUGUAAUUAUUUUGUUCAUCGACUACACCACGUUCCCUCUAGCUUGCUUAUGUUCUUACCACUCUAACUAGGUGAACUUUACACAUUCUGAGUCCCAAAAUAAUUCAGCUGUCUCCUUUCAUGUCUGAAGGACUGAGAGUUGGCUAUUAUGUUUUGCUGUCAUGUAUAAUAUGUGUAGAAGGGCUAGAAUGAAUGGCAAGAUGACAUAUGAAACUUGUUUUUGUUAAUUUUUUUCUAAAUUGUUGUAGAUAAUAUAUAUAUAGCAUAGUCAGUCAGUGCUUUGAGA